AUGGGGGUAUGUAGUAAUUUUGAUCAAGAGAUAAUCACAAACUUAAAAGAGAGAAAAUCUGAAAUACAGAGCAACACAACUCAUUCAAAGCAACCCGACCACAGCUGGUCUUCCCUGGACACCAUUAACCACACUGUCCACACCUUAUUCACUCCCACCAACACCGACCGUUCCCCCAACUACGAGAUGAUCAAGGAAGAAUAUGAGGUGGCUGUGCUGGGUGUGCCCCAUAACCAGGCUCCCCCAACAUCCACUGUGGUCCACAUCCACAGCAAGACCUCCAUGCCUGACCAUGUCAUCUCGUACCUGUUCAACACCCUCUUCAUGAACUCCUGCUGCCUGGGUUUCAUAGCGUUCACCUACUCCGUGAAAUCUAGAGACAGAAAGAUGAUUGGUGACCUGACCGGGGCCCAGGCCUAUGCCUCCAGUGCCAAGUGCCUAAACAUCUGGGCCCUGGUUUUGAGCAUCAUCAUGACCAUUCUGCUAAUCAUCAUCCCAGUAUUUAUCUUGCAAGCCUAUUGAUAGAGCAAGAGGAAUCAUUCAGGCCAGGAGCUCUGCCCAUGACCUGU